AUGUCGGUCUCUGUUGCCAAAUUCUCUCUGGACUGGGCAGAACUGCGUGCCAACAGGGAUCUGCAGUACGUCCUCAAACUUUCGUUUCGAUCUUUGUGGUUUCUUCAAUGUAGAACCAGUCCUCCUGAGAAAAUGUCUGCCUUUGAUGUGAUAGAAUAUUAUUAUUCGGACAUAAAAGACCUGACCUUACUGGAGGAAGCAAACACUAAAUUUCUCAUCAUAAUGGACUCUUUUGAUUGCUACCAGGCUCCUCUGGACUGGGAGCACCAAAGCACAUAUAGACGUCCUGAUUGUAAAUAUCCUCAGAGGGAACGUGCUUCGUGGCGCACGCCUGUGGAUCCUGGGGAGACGAGCUGCUGUCUCACAAAUCCCAUCUCAGUUCAUAGAUGUUUCCACUGAGUUGCAAGGUUUUAGUAACGAGAUGAAAGACGAGUACCUGACCAAACGCUUCUCAAACACAGAGCUAGCAGAAAACAUAAAGAGCCACUACAAGCGCGUACCGAUGCUUCACAUUCUUGCUCGCCACCCAUUUGUCUGCUGGAUUGUGGCGACGAUGUUCAGCCGCAGCUUCUGUUAUGAGGGUUAUGGGAGGUACCCUCCCAGACUGACGCCGUUUCUCAUCCACUUUUUGAUCAUUCAAACAAAUCGCAGGCUCAAGUUCUACUACAAUCAGAAGGAUAAUGAGCUGAAAUGGUCUGAUCGCGAGAAAAAGCUGCUGACAAAGAUGGGAAAGAUGGCUUUCAUGAUGCUGGAGAGGAACACCAGUGUGUUUUUUGAAGCGCAUGUGAAGGAGGUUGAUCUGGAGCUGAAGGAGGUGGUGGUGUGGUCGGGUCUGUGCACCGAGCUCUGCCCUACAGUCAUUCCUGGCAAGAGGACAUUUGGCUUUUCUCACUUCACUAUUCAGGAGUUCAUGGCUGCCCUGUAUGUCUUCUUAAUGUUUUACUUGGAGUCUAAGAACGUUCUGGAGUCCACUUCAUCCUUCACAUUGAGAUAUAACAACAAAUCAGCCGCAGGUCUUGUACAGUGCGCUCUGGCUCGAACCUGCAACUCCUCUUCAGGCAGAUAUGACAUGUUCCUACGUUACCUGUGCGGUUUGCUGUCCCCUGCAUGCCACUACAACCUUCUCCGGGGUUUCCUGUGUCGACACAACACACCAAAGGUGGCUGGACUGGAUGAAGUGGAGCGGCUGCUGGAGCAGGCCAUUGAAAACGCUCCUUCAAGCAGUUGUCAAAGUUUAAAGGAGUGCCUUAGAGAGAUGCUGCAGAGCGAUGAAUGA